AUGAGGUGGCUCUUGGGCAGCAGCUGGAGAAAAUUUGGACACGCUGACAGGGGAAACUAUGACUGGCUAAACAGCGAACCGGGUGGGCCGCUUCUGGAAACAGAGCUUCAGAGCAGACAACAGACAAGUUCAACCAAAGACGACAUAGAACCAUUUCUGUGCAUCAUAUUGCCUGCCACCAUGAUGCUCUUCCUGGCAUUCCUGCUGCUCUUCCUGUACCGCCGUUGCCAGCGCCCCACUCCGCAGGGGCAGAUCUUCAGCAUUGACCUCCCCGAGGCCCUGCCCGAGCACGACGUGUAAUUUCUUUCCGUGCUGCCCUGGAACAGCGAACAGAGUUUCCACUACUCCACUCUGCUCCCUGAUGCCACAUUCCUCACUGUGUGUUUGCCUCCAUCCUAUGAGGAGGCCACCAUGAAGACUUCCAUGGACGAGGCUCACAUUGAGCUCUCUCCAGGUCCAGUGCCUCCUUACGAAGAGAGCACGCUGCAGUCCAGCAGUGCCAAAUAA